CACGCACACUCCUUAAAUGGGCUUUUGUAUUUGUCAGAAUUAAUGAGAAAAGUUCCCUUGCCCUAGGGGUAAUUAGUGUCCUUGGAGUUAAAUAAGCUAAAACUUAGACACCUCUGGCACAGGCAAUUAUGUUUGUGUAUUGAAUAAUUGAUUCGGGGGCUGCUAAUCAGAUAUGAGCAUAAUGAAUUGAUUUAAUUAACCAGGGAACCUGAGGAAUACUGGGAAAUGUGUGCAUUUAUUCGCCAGCUAGGGACCCUAAAGGGUACAGAACCACAUAAAUUGGAGGAAAAAACUGCUAGUCGCUGUUUGCCGGCUUUUGAGAUCGGUUUAGUGCGAUUUUUAGGUACAAACCGUUGAAGGUGUGUGGUUGUUGUCAUUUUCAUUUAAUCGAGGAAAGGUCGGUUGUCGCGGCUUCUCCCUAUCUUCAAAGGCAAGAUAGUCAGCGGUUCAGCCAGCGACUCUCGUUGGCUGGGGAAGCCGAGGAGGGAGCGCCGUGCCCCGGACUCUACAGCAUCCAGAGGACGAUGGUGCUUGACAAGGAGGAAGGUGUACCAAUGCUUUCUGUACAGCCAAAAGGAAAGCAGAAAGGCUGUGCUGGAUGCAACCGCAAGAUCAAGGAUCGUUACCUGCUAAAGGCACUGGACAAGUAUUGGCAUGAAGACUGUCUAAAAUGCGCCUGUUGUGACUGCCGCCUUGGCGAAGUCGGAUCUACACUCUACACAAAAGCAAACCUAAUUCUCUGUCGUAGAGACUACUUAAGGCUCUUUGGUACCACAGGGAAUUGUGCAGCAUGCAGUAAACUGAUCCCUGCCUUUGAGAUGGUGAUGAGAGCCCGUGAAAAUGUCUACCACUUGGACUGCUUUGCCUGUCAGCUUUGUAAUCAAAGGUUUUGUGUGGGAGACAAAUUUUUUCUGAAGAAUAACAUGAUCCUCUGCCAAAUGGACUAUGAGGAAGGGGCAAUGAAUGGAAGUUUCUCAUCACAAGUUCAGUGACUUGCCCAUGGCCUUCUAAAGCAUUAUGGGAUGUUCAACACUUAAACGAAAAUGGAGAGCAUCUGUCAGCUUGCUUGCAACACUUCAAUUAGUCCGGGAUGGAUUAAAGUAACUUUCUCCAACACUGAGCAGUUAAGAUUUUAGAUGCACAGCUGUGCCUGUUUAGCUGGGCAGUGCUUUGCCUGUACGUUUUGUGAUGUUGGGUCUGGGAGGGUAUGUACAGUGUUUCUGUAUAUAUAAACUGGAACAUUUAUUUUACAUAAAUGUAAUGCAAUUUUAUUAUUACUGGUGUGCAUUAAAGAAACUUAAAUGUU